AUGAUUUUUAAAUUUUUUACUGUUUUAUGUGUUGUAUUCGUAGUAUUGGGUUAUACCGAUGCUUUCGUCAAACGAGAUGUCUCAUCACCUCCACCAGAUCCUAUAGAGGCCUUCAAAAAGAAUAUGGAUUCGUUAAAGAACUGUAUUGACACAAGUUUCGCCCAAGCCCUUAGAGAUGUCAACGUGGAGAAUAAAUUGCAGCCUAUUUUUAAUGUCUUUGGAGAUCAGCUUAACAGAUUGUUUAAAGCGUUUGAAGUUCUGACAUCGCCAAGCUCCAGUCCCGCUUCAUUAGUUGGCUAA